CUUUUAUUUGUUGUGCAAGUAAUGUUGACUUAUCGGUCUUCCUCUCUGACAAGCGCACAAUAUAAAGCUUAUGUUCUUGUUCUAUUCACCUCAUAACUCUUCUUCUUCCGCUGCAAUCGAUGGAGUCAGCAAUCCAUUUCAUUCACCGUUAUUUUGAGGACAAGACGUCACACACCAUAGGUCUCUCUGUAUUUGUUUAAGACUGACAAUUAAUUUAGGAUGCGUAGACAACGUGAGGAUAUGCAAGUAAAUAUGGCUGGAUUAAGAAGACAUAUAAUUAACAUAGCCCACAACUACUCUUCCGCUCAGGUUCUAGUUCGUGAAGCCACCAGUAAUGACCCAUGGGGCCCAAGCAGUAGACAGAUGGCUGAAAUUGCUGACCUUACAUACAAUGUUGUUGCAUUCACUGAAAUCAUGCAGAUGUUGUGGAAACGUCUGAAUAGUGAUGGACGCUACUGGCGACAUGUGUACAAGUCUCUAUUAGUUUUGGAGUAUUGCAUAAAAACUGGCUCGGAGAAGGUGGCACAGCAGUGCAAAGAAAACAUAUUUUUUAUUCAAACUCUGCAAGAUUUCCAAUACACUGAAGAUGUUAAAGACUUGGGCAAGAAUGUCCGUGAGAAGGCAAAAAGUUUAAUUGCGCUUCUUAAGGAUGAUGAACGCUUGCGUAAUGAGCGCGCUCGAGCCUUGAAAGCAAAGGAAAGAUCUGCUCAAAAUGCAUCUGCUUUUGGCAGUGAUGGGGGGGAUACACCUACUAGUCCUCCUUUUCUUUAUGGUGGUUCAUGGGGUCCUCCUCCAAGUGAAAUGGAAGCAGCAGCAAGAGGAGUGGGCUCUGAACUUGAAUGUGCUCGUCCGCAAACUGUGGGUGAGGAAGAGUUGCAGCUUCAACUUGCUUUGGCAAUGUCACGCGAAGAAGCAGACCAAGAAGAACAGCGCAGACGUAGUGAUGAUGUUAGGCUGCAACUUGCUCUAUCACAAAGUGAAGAUGAAUUCAAGAACAUACCAGGGGCUGGUCCUGCCCCUCGUCAGACAGAGAAACAGAGCCAUUUACUUGACCUUCUUGAUGUAAACCUUAGCACAGUAGCAGGCCCAUCAUCUGCUGGUACUGUGGCUGGAGCAACUGCAUCUGCGGUGGACCCAUGGGGUAUGCCUGCCCAACCUGUACCCCCUCGUCCACAGAUGGAUCCCUGGGGUGUCCCUAAACCGUCCUCAUCUGCUUCUACAUCAACCGUUCUUGGUGCCGUAGCUCUGGCCCCACCAGUUUCCCAUGAUCCCUGGGCACCUCUAGAAACUACACCUUCUAAACCAGCUGUUGACCCAUGGAAAGUUGUGUCAUCAGUUGCACCUACAACUUCCCCACCCAAGGGUUCUGCAGCUGAUCCAUGGUCUCCUUCCUCUGCCUCCUCUGAUCUUAUUUCAACAUCAAACAACUUGCAUAGUCCAGCCAGUGAUCUUGAUGAAUUUGACAUUAUUACCAAUAGAGAAAGGCCUGGUGGAAAUCAAGCAAGCAAUAUAAAUACCACAAAUAAUAAUAGCUCAGAUUCCCUAGAUUUAUCAGCUCUCGGCGAUGCAUUAAAUGAUUCUAAGCAAAGUGCUAAGAAAAGUCCACACAGCUUCCUUGGAGAAAACUCUUCUCUCGUCAACCUAGACAACUUGGUCACAGUUAGCCCAAAACCAACUGUGGCACCAGCCUCACAAGGAGCCUUUGGAACUGUGAACCCUUUUUCUUCGGGUCCAGCUGCUCCAGCUACCGCGGGAACAACAAAUAAUCUUUUCCAACAGCAAGCUGUUGCUCAAGCUGUACGUCCAACAAUCAAUCAAAUUCGCCAGCAACCAUUUGGGUCAACUGGCACUCCUCAACCUUCAACAGGAUUUAAUCUUCCACAACCACUUCAACCUAAUCCUUUCCUUUCUUAAACAGCCUUCUAUGCCUGAGUUUGAGUGAAAAUGUAACCCCAAAACUGUCUUAAUUUUUGUUUUUGUGAACAAGAUUAGGUGGCUAAGAACAUUCCAUUUUUAUAAUCAAUUUUGUUUCAACCAUUGAUGAACUUAAAUUAUUGUUUUCAAAGAUGUCUUCUCAAAGAAAUUAAGAGCAGUUUUUACAAAUGAAAUAUUUUUAAAAUCAACUCUCAAUCAUCACUGCUUGGUUCUGUCGUACUUCUAGCUCUAAUGAAAAUAAUCCAGUUCGUGAUAACAGAUGCCCUCAUAUGCUUUGAAUCUUUGUUAUUGAGUUUUAUGAUUGUUUUGUUUGUUUUUUUUUAAUCAAAAAAAGACCAUGCUCUAUGAUAUAGAUAGUCUAAAGUAAUUACUAUGAUGUAAACCUAUAAAACUGACAUGGAAUGCAAUCCUUGUAAUAUUUUUUCUUUUGUCUUGUACACUUACCUUGUCACAUCCUGAUACGUGUUGGAAAAGUGCCUUUUUCCUCUUGAGACCAGUGCUUGGUAAGCUAUUUCUUAUGUAUUUUUGCAUUCCGUUUUUCAUCAUCAUAAUAGGUGAUGUAAAUUUUGUUUUUGUCUUUUUACUCAUACUCAAGGCUCGGCUUAAGGCUGUUGGUUUUUAAACAACUUUCUUUUUAAAAUAAUGGAAUUGAGGUUCUACUUUAUUAUUGAUUAAUUGUACUGUGAUCCUACCAGACAAAAAAAAUGUAAUAUAUGUGGUAAUGUUUUGACUACGAGCCUCAAGGUCUAAUUAACCAGUGCAAUUGUUUACUAAUGGUAUUAGCUUCUCCCUGUCAUUAAGCUUAGUCCAAAUACUAAGUGAGAGAACUUUCUGUGCGAGAAAUUUAUGUCUUGUGUCAAUUGUGCAUCUUGUCUGUUAGAAGAUGCCUUGCAUUUACUAAUACAUGUAUUUUAGGGAAAUAUUGGUGUAUUAUGGUAGGGUGGUGAAAGUUCAUAUUUAUUUGUUACUUCAUGACUUCAGAUAUGAUUUAUAUUUUGCUCUAAACAUAGUGAUAUAUCUCAGCAGUCUCUUUUUGAAUGUUGAGAAGCGCUGUAAAAAUUUGUCCAUCUAAAGACUUUGUGCAAAACUGUUUCUUCUAGAGUUUGACCAUGAAAUUAAUUCUCUACUUAGUUUUGAAGGGUGUAUGGAUUGUGUUUCCCCUCUAAAAGGUGGCUGCACUUGCUCAAGAGAGAUGCCCGAAUUAUUUGCUUUCAUCCAGAGUUUUCGUUUCUUUUAGUACCUCUUGUUUGGGAAGUAUGCAUGUUUAUCAUUAACACAUUAUACUCCUCAUUUUGUUAGCCAUUAGAAGUGGUUAACUUUGGCUUUUACCCGCUACAUACAGUUAGGAUAGGGAUCUCAAUGAAUCUGUUGGUCUCUGUUCAGUAUUGCAUUGCAUGCUUCUGCAUCAGCCUUUCAUUAUUACUGUUCUGUAACAUGUAAUUACAUUACAUUUAUUAUAUGUAUGUCACUCUUCAUGCCUUAAAUCAAUACCAUAUUUUAUUUAAAGGUAAAGGACUUCUUUGUUUCUUUUGUAACUAAAUUGUGACUAUGAUAGUGUCGCUAAAGUUUCCUGUAACUGUCGCUGCUUUGAGCAACUACAUUACGUAAAAGAAGAUUCAGGGCACAAUACUUGAUUGUACCGUUCUAACCAUUUUAAAUUGGUGCACAUUCUUUUAACUGAUCAAAUGUAAGUUAUUGAUUGACAACUUUUGAAAGAGAAAAUAUUUUAUGUAAUUGACUGGCUUUAUUCCCUUUCCUGUGAUUGUGUCCGUUUUUUUGGCCUGACUGGUUACUUUCUCAUUUUGUCUCGGCUGCUGAGGAUUUUUUUUGUCAAAACAUUCAAAACAUUGAUUCAAGUCCAUGUAUUUUUCAUAGGUGAUUGUCUUAUGCGUAGCUUGCAUAUUCAAAUAUAAGAUAAAACAAAAUAUCCUGAGGCGGCUUCUUUCCUUGUACGUCAUCUUUUAUUGACACAUUGUUGUUAUGACUAUUACCUACUAAGAAUGUAUGUCCGUCUAUUCUGGUUUGUCUAUCUCUUUAUGUAACACUAUGGGGCUAAGACUGACACUUAACAUGCUCAUAUGUUUCUAAACUGUCUGGCUUCACCCAGUGAUAGUAGAGCAUGUUAGGAAAAUAUGCUUCCCUCCAAAAUUCCUAAGCAUAACUCUGUGAAUUACUUUCAAGGAUCAAAGUAAAAAUCUAUCAUAUUUAUACUUCAUCAAAGGUGCUGUUCACUUUUGGGAAUAGGAUGGUGGUUUGGUCUUAGCCAUUUUAUCCUCAAAUUUGAUUGGUUUUCAAUUUUCUUGAAUCAGUAGUUUUCUGUAUGAGAGUAUGUACAUAAGAAUGUAUCAUAAUAAAUAUAUAUUGAAUAUUAAAUUUAUUAGUUGGUGAAAACAAUAUUUUUGUAUAUUAUUGGAGACUAAUUAUCAUUUUUUUAAAUGGAUCAAGCCGGAGGAUAGUAAUUCAGCACUUGUUGGUGAAUUAAUUUUCGGCCUGCGCUAGCAAAUCAAGUGUUGUGUAGUUAACUUUAAUCAAACCUAUCAAUUUUCUAGUGUCCAAAAUGUUUUUAAUCAUUGUAGAUACUGACGUAGUGAGACUCAGCAGAGCAUUUAUUUUACUGUCUUGUACAGCAUACUUUUAAAUUGAAUUAGUUAUUAAAGGGUGUAAUAGUAUAAAAGACUUCUGAUUAAACUUCCAUCGCUUUUGUUAUCAAGCAGUUUCCUGUUUUGUUUUGAUGAUUGAACUGAAAUUCAUUAAAGUCUAGGUAAAAACGUUA